UCAAUGGUUAUUUCCCUUUUACAGAGAAAUUCGCCAUUUUUACCUGUUUACAGCUAACUAAUUAGCAGCUAUUUCUUACAUUUUUGUCUUUAUGAAGCGAGUUAUGUCAGAUUGGUAUCAAAAGAAGAUCUGUGGUGUUUUAUUAGAUAUAACUGGAGUGUUAUACGACAGUGGGCCAGAUGGUGGGACUGCAAUUCCAGGAUCUAUUGAUGCUGUGAAAAGGGGGACAACUUUGGGAGAAUAUUUUAAGUAUCCAGUCGUAUGGAACAGUAUGGCAAAAUAUAUAUUAGACAAUUAAAAGCCUCUAGUCUUCCUGUGAGAUUCUGCACCAAUGAAACAACAACAACAAGAAAAUGCCUUGUGGAGAAGCUGUCUAAGGUUGGGUUUGAGUUGAAAGAAACUGAGAUCUUCCCACCAAUACCAGCCAUAUGCAAAAUCCUUCAACAACGAAACCUCAGGCCUUAUCUUAUUGUAACAGACGACAGUCGUCCUGACUUUGCUGGAAUAGAUCAGACAAAUCCAAACUGUGUUGUGAUUGGGGAUGCGGAAUCAAAUUUCUCAUACGAAAAUCUCAACAAAGCUUUUCAGCUUCUCAUGUGUUUAGAGAAACCAGUUCUGUUUUCAUUAGGUAAAGGAAAAUAUUACAAACAUGGAGGAAAGCUGGUGUUAGAUGCAGGUCCAUUUAUGAAGGCUUUAGAGUUUGCCUGUGAUAUUCAAGCUGAGGUGGUAGGGAAACCUGAACCAGCAUUCUUUAAUACUGCAGUUCAAGAUAUGGGCAUUUCCGCUGAUACAUGUGUUAUGGUUGGAGAUGAUAUAGUGGGAGAUAUAGGUGGAGCCCAGAAUUCUGGUAUGAGGGGUGUUCAAGUGAGGACUGGCAAGUACAGACCAGAAGAUGAAAAUCAUCCAACAGUAAAACCUGAUGGUUUUGUAGAUAACCUUGCUCAGGCUGUGGAUUUAAUUCUUGCUGGGCAGUCAAAAUAAAACAGAUGUUUAUGUGUACCCUACAGAAUGACAUCAGUUAUUAAUUAUUAGUUAAUUAGCUAGAUAAAAAGUAUAUAGUGUAAUUGUAUUUUACUUUCAUAAUUCUGUAAAAACAAGUAUCAGAUUAAUUGAGUCAAAAAGAAUGCAGUUUCUCAGAAUGUUUGGAAAAGAAAAUAUUAAAGGGUUACUAGGGAAUUCAAAGAGACAUUCUAGGAAAACAAGUGAUUGAACUAUUACAAUGCAAUACAAUGUCCCCUACUGGAAGGUGACUAUAAUUAUCUCAGCUGCAGUAUAACCUUAUGUUCUGAUAUAUGUCAAUGAUGCAUAUACAAUAUUGCGCUAUAUAUAUUAUAUACAAAAUAUUAUAACACUCUAUGUUUGGAUUAAAAUUUGCAUACAUAAAAAUU